ACUUUCGUCACAUUGAGGCUCCAGGCAGCGAGUUUCGGGCCCUUGUGACCGGCGCACUGGUGAUGAUCGAGGAUCUUGCAUCUUAUCCUGCCAGACAUGAUGUGCCGUUCAUCUAUUAACCGCUGGACGGACGAACGGACGGACAUUUAUUUGCUCAUCGCGUUGCACCUCCUGUCUGCUGCAAGGGCGAUCCGCAGCACACAGAGACGCUCGGCAGAGUGCAUGCUGACCGGUCUGACCCUCCUCCCCUUUGUGACGUCCAGCAACAUCACCCUCGCCCGGGUCCUGAUGGAGCAGCUGCCCCCUUGUUCUCUGAAGCUGAUCGACCGUGCGUCGUGGAAUUCACCAGCGUCUCAAGUUCGGCGGUUCUCAAUGACAUUGGGCUUGGUCUUGGCGCGGGCAGCCGAUGAUGGAUGACAACUGAGCCCACGAAAUCCCAUUGCGACGGUCGGUCAGUAUAAGCAAUAAUUAGGCUAUAGCAGGCAUCGCCUGGAUCAGUGGUGCCAUCGGUUACA